AUGGCCGAGCGCGGCCGCCCGCCGCCCGCCGCGCCCGCCGCGACCGAGGGCCUGCCGCGCGCCUUCCUGCAGAGCCUGCGCACGCUCUUCGACAUCCUGGACGACCGGCGGCGGGGCUGCGUGCACCUGCGCGAGAUCGAGUCCCGCUGGCGCGGCGCGGACGCGCGCGAGCUGCCCCGCGGCGUGCUGGAGGGCCUGCGCCGCGAGGCCCCGGCCAGCGGCCUCCUCACCUUCGAGCGCUUCGUGGCGGGCCUGCGCACCUCGCUGCUCCACCCGGACGGCGAGCGGCCCGGGGCGCCCCCGCCGCCGCCGCGCCUGGGCCCCGCGCCGGCCGACGAGCCGCACGCCGGCCCCGGGAGGAAGCCGCCGCCCCCGGCCGCGCGGGAGCCGAGCCCCGGCGCCGGCGCCGGCACGGUGGGCUGCAGGGCCCCGGGGGCAGGCGUGGGGGAGGCCCGGCGGGCCCCUCGGGCCCGAGGCGAGCGGCGGAGACACACCAUCACCAACGGCGUGGACUGUCAGCUGCUGAAGCAGAUGAAGGAGCUGGAGCAGGAGCAGGAGGUGCUCCUGCAGGGGCUGGAAAUGAUGGCCCGGGGCCGGGACUGGUACCAGCAGCAGCUGCAGCGGGUGCAGGAGCGCCAGCGCCGCCUGAGCCAGCGCCGGGCUGGGGACGACUUGGGGGCCGAGGGGAGUCCCCGCCCCCUGGGGCGGCUCCUUCCCAAAGUGCAGGAGGUGGCGCGCUGCCUGGGGGAGCUGUUGGCUGCAGCCUGUGCCGGCCGGGUAAGCGAGGGGGCCCUUCCUGACGCCCCCGCCGGGCCGCCCUUCCCCUCGAGAGGCCUGCCUGACUCCCCCCGUCCGCAGGCAGGGCCCCCGUGCCCCCCCCGGGCUCCCAGCCCAUCCUCAGCCCCAAGCUGGCCGCAGCAGACCAUCCUCAUGCUGAAGGAGCAGAACCGGCUCCUCACUCAGGAGGUGACAGACAAGAGCGAGCGCAUCACCCAGCUGGAGCAGGAGAAGUCCGCCCUCAUCAAGCAGCUGUUUGAGGCCCGGGCGCUUAGCCAGCAGGACGCUGGGCCUCUGGACUCCACCUUCAUCUAGCUGGACGUGUCUCACUGGAUGCAUGGGCACCGAGCUCCGCCUGAAGACCACCAGCUGGCCUGGACACCGUCCGUAGGGGCAACCUCCGUCCGCCAUGCCAGCUCUGCCCUGGACACUCACUACCCAGCCUGGGGUGCCAGCCUGGAUAGGGCUCUGUUGCUCCAGCACACCUUGAAGCUGCUGUUGCCGCCUAGUGGACAGUGGGAGACCCCACCUCGUGUUUACCAGAUCUCAGGCAGAAGGGGCAUGUUUACAGCUCGCCUGUCCCCUCUAGUAGCUGACCUCUAGUAAAAGCACUGAUCACA